CCAAGAUCCCUUCUCCCUCUCCUCUCGCUUUCUCACCUUUUCUUCUUUUGCCUCUCGGUCCCGUCUGCCGCAUCUCUAUUCUCGGGGAUAGGGAGCCACCCGUCUUACUUGCGCCCGAUUCUGCUGGCGUUACUGGUUCUCCCCCCUCAAGCCACACAACGCAGAGACCACACCACCACCACGCCAACAUCCCCCUCUUCUCGUCCGUCGCCCGCAUCUGUUUUAACGUCGUGUCUCGUCGGCAAGCAAGACGCGCCAGCUGCACGUACCGCACUCCGACAUACGCACGCGCACUCGCACGCACACACGGCCUUUACAGACUAGACCAGGCCACUCAUGCUGACUUGGCUGCCACGGACACCAGCAAGCCACGGCGAACCGACCUCUGAGGGAUGAUGCCAACGCCUCCUACUCCUUCAUUCCCGUCGCCUAAACGCAUUUCCAUUUUCGUCACAUUGCUACCAGGUGGCCUUGAUUGGUCCCUUUUGCAUAUUGGUCUUGCCUCCUCUUGAUCUCCUCUUCUCAUCCCUCCACUCUUCCCACCGCCCACGAGAACCUUGCCAGGGGUUUGUCUAGCAUCAGCUCCUCCGAGCUCGACCUUUCAUGCUCCAUAGCCAGCUCGUCGUAUCUCCCAACAAUUUUUAAACUCUGGACCAUACCUUAUAGUCUCUACACAGCUCCUGCGCGUAAGGCCAAUUCCACCCUCCUCCUCCUCCGCCGUUCGUCCCAAUUGUUCGCCCAUCUCUAGCUUGAGGCUGUUCAGCAGCCCACGUGAGCCGAGACACUUGCCCCCUCGUCUGAACUUGCCUGUGACGACCACAAAUCCUUUCACGAGGACGCUUGCGGGGACAGUCGACCCUUUUACAUAAACGCUCGACGUUGGCGGUCAUCUCCUCUCCCAACAAUUUCUACUUAUUCACCCACGGAAUCGACUCAAAAUCAGCAUCAUGUCUGAGGAAGGCCCCCGUCUCAUACGGCCUAUCCCCCGUCGACCAUUCGACUUUAACCGCACGAACCCAACCCCUCCAGAAGACGACUCCUCCUCACCCAGCCCCAACCCCGAGAUCGAUCUGUCUAAACUAUAUAAUGGCCCCGCACCGUCUUCGGAAUCCGGCUCCGGUUCCAUACCACGCGCACAGUCUGUGUUGAACUUAACCGGCUCGACGCUCUUCGGCAUAUACUCCCCAACGUCGUACGGCAAGGAUCGUUGCUACAAUGACCGGGAUGAGCCGGAAACCCCUUGGGGAACUGGGGCUCAGACGCCAAUCAAGCGGGCGAGUGUCGAUGAUACUACGUUCGAGCUCAUGAAGGAUCGGUCGAACAUCAUGCGCCGGCAGUCGUCGUACCGGAACGGGGGCAACGCGCCAUCUUCAUCGACCGCAGCUACCGCGCUGUUUACCAUCUCUCGAGUUGGACUGCUUUUCGUGAUCGGUAUGGGGUACGGAAUGAUGGUCACGAGGUUGCAGGAUGAACACAGAUUCUCUUCCUUCCAGGUAGAAACCAUGAUUAAGCCCGGCUACGACUGGCAGUACCUGACACUGUGGGGCUUAUCUGGUGUGGUACUCGGCGGCCUCCUUCCUUGGUUUGACGGCGUUUGGGAGGAUACCUUUGGAAAGGAAGAACAGAUCGGCACCUUGCAAGAAGAUGUCAGCCCGGUAAAGGACUGGGCUCUAGUCGUCCGCAGCAUCGGCGCUUUUGUCGGCAUUGUUUUCGCCAUCCGUAAGCUUCCAUGGGCAUCGACUUUGCAAGUAUCCCUUACGUUGGCGCUGGUAAACCCAUUUCUAUGGUACUUGAUUGAUCGCUCAAAACCCGGCUUUCUACUUUCGGCCGCCGUUGGCCUUGCCGGAUCAGCGAUGCUGAUGGGCAUCAACCCUGACGUGAUGCCAACCCCGUCUUCCCUAACCUAUCGUAACGAGUCGGAGAGGGCCUACUCGGAACCGGUUGCUCUCGGGGGACUCGCUAGCCAGAAGACCAUUGAGACCGGGAUUUGGAUGCUAAGUGUUCUGUUCUGCAGUUGCGUCUGCUUUGGAAACAUUGGUAGGCGGUUGGCACUGAACAAAUCGGCCACCGCACGUGGGCGAUGGGCCGGCAUCAGAUGAAAGAUAACGUCGGUGUAAGAAUGGCUUGCUUGUACUGGGAGCCCGAGAUUUCAGAUCAUGAGGUGUGUUUCUUUUCGGUUGGACGGAACUUCUCGGGAUAGGUGGGACAAAAUAUGGCGGCAUACCCAGUCGGAUAGGGACCCUCAGGGCGACGAAUGUCAUCAAAGCUCUGUAUUGUUUGAGAGGCAGCAUAAUGAGACUCCAGCGCUGAGACUCUGCCGCC